CUAGAAGGUGAUUAUUAGCUGCUUUUAAGAGUAUGUAUGCUACAAUUAAUGGGUAGUUCAUAGUGAAAAUGUUGUUAAAAUUUGAAUCUAAAGAUGUUUAAUCCUGUUUGCUUAAGCAUGUAAUUUGAUUGUAGUUAGUGUCUUGUUUUUCACUUUGCGGUACAAGUGAAUCUUAUACUCUCAAGUAAACAUCUUUGUUCACGUGUUUCCCGUUGUAGUGCAUCUAUAGAUAUCAGAUGAAUGCAGCACAAUCAUGCAUAAUCAUAAACCUUUCUUCUUCUUCUUCUUGUGCUAACUAGCUCAACCGACGUCUGGUUGAGCAGCAAACACAGUUCUUAUUCAUCGAAUUUCUCUUGAUUAUAAUGGGCUUGACUGACGUAGGCAUCAAUGAUGUUGAGCUCUCACUGAAACACAUCUUUAAUCAGUGGGAACUCAGGACUUGCAUCCUACUCAGUCUUUUCCUUCAGGUAUUGUUGAUUUUAGCAGGGCCUUUAAGAAGGAUAGUCUCGCACAAAUCGCUAGAUAUCCUUCUUUGGUCAGCAUACUUGCUAGCAGAUGUCACUGCAAUUUUUGCAGUUGGGCUCAUCUCGAGCAAGCAGAAUGACUUGUCCAAUCAAUGCAAGAAUGCGCCUUCGCCUUCAAGCACGGUCUUGGCAACCUUCUGGGCUCCUUUCCUUCUGGCGCACCUUGGUGGUCCGGAUCCCAUCACUGCCUUCGCCCUCGAGGAUAAUGAGCUCUGGCUCAGGCAUCUGUUCGCCUUGUUCACACAAUGCGGUGCUGUGAUUUAUGUUUUCUAUCAGUCUCUCCGGCCUGAAAACCUCUGGAUUCCAUCACUGCUUAUGUUUCUCUGCGGAAUCAUCAAGUAUGCAGAGCGCACAUAUGCUCUGUAUUGUGCCAGUGCCAACACCUUCCGUGACUCCAUGCUGAGGGAUCCUGAUCCGGGGCCUAACUACGCGAAACUCAUGGGGGAAUACAUUUCCAAAAAAGAUGCUAAACUCCCAACCAGAAUUGAAAUGCUUCCGGAGCCGGAUAGAGUGAUCAAAGUAGUCAACAGAAUGAAGACUACCAAACUGGCGCCACUGGAAGUUGUGCAGUAUGCUUUUAAGUACUUCGCUAACUUCAAAGGACUGGUGGUGGACCUCAUUUUCAGCUUCCGUGAGCGCAACCAGAGCCGGGAUUUCUUCCUUGCAAGAAGCUAUGAAGACGCCUUCAGAGUAGUUGAGGUAGAGUUGAACUUUCUUUAUGAUGUUUUAUUCACCAAGCUUCCUGUAGUGUAUUAUAAGGCAGGGUUCUUCUGUCGGGCUGUAUCCGUUGGUGCCAUUGUCACUUCAUUGGUGAUUUUUCAUUAUGUUGAUAAGAAGAAAUUUAAUCCUGAAGGAUUCGAGGUAGGAAUUACCUACACUCUGCUUAUCGGAGGAAUUGCCCUGGAAGCCAUUGCAUUUUUAAUGCUUAUUUUCUCGGACUGGACCGUUGUGAAGCUGAAGCCUUCUCCUGAUGAGAAUCCCAAUGACCAAUCGUGGACUGGUCGGUUCAUUCGUUGUGUAGUAAGUACUAAUUUCACAAGAGGGAAGAUCAUAUGUUGGUUUCUCAACAUCGGUACUGUCCGUGGAGACGGUUCCCGGUCAGAACCUACUGAUAGCAGGUGGGCUGAGUCUAUUGCAAACUACAAUUUCAUAUUUUAUUGUUUACAUAGACGUUCAAAAACAAAGGAAAGAUUUUAUGAUCAGUUUGGCCUUAGGGCCUUCAUCGAUGAGAUGGUAUACACUGAACAUUACCGAUUGGCUUCCGAUAUGAAAGAAUUCAUUUUCAAGGAGUUGAAAAUGAAGUCGGAGAUGGCAGAUGAUUUAGACACUGCUAAGGAGAUUUGUUCAGCCAGAGGUGAAUGGGUACUCCGAAUCGAAGGCUACAGCGGCAGUGAGUUGUUUUCUUAUGUUUCUGAUGUUGACUAUGAUGAGAGCCUUCUUUUGUGGCACAUUGCCACUGAACUUUGCUACAAUGAUAAAGAAGACGUGACAUAUCAGCGCGAGCAAGACCGGAGCCUAGAUGAAUUCCAUAGAAGAAUCUCCAAGCGUAUAUCAGACUACAUGAUAUAUCUUCUGGUCAUGAAGCCUGGUAUGAUGUCAGCUGUUUCUGGUAUUGGACUUAUAAGGUUCCGCGACACGCGUGCUGAGGCUUACAAAUUCUUUGAAAGUGAAUUAUCAACAGCUGAUAAAUCACUACCCGCAGAGCAGUUACAAAAAACAGCUUGCGAGAGAAUUAUUAAUGUUAAUACAGACGUUAAGCCGGUUACCAUAAAGGGAGACAGAAGUAAGUCGGUCUUGUUUGAAGCAGCAAGAUUGGCGAAAGAGCUGAAAAAGGAAGAAUUCAAGAAGAAAUGGGAGAUCAUCAGCAAGGUUUGGGUGGAACUGCUAUCCUAUGGAGCAAGUCAUAUCAGAUCAAGCGCUCACGCUCAGCAGCUAAGUAAAGGGGGGGAGCUUAUCACCGUUGUUUGGUUAUUGAUGGCUCAGCUUGGCUUGGGAGAUCAGUUCCAGAUCAAUGAAGGUCAUGCAAGGGCGAAGCUGAUCGUCGGAAAGUAAAAUUACAGCCUACUGUGUUUUUUCUUUUGCCUUUUCUUUUGUUUUUGGUUAUUCUGUUGUCACAGUGACAAUAAAGUUUAUCAGGGUCUAAAUAGAUAAUAAUCUGAUAAAUGUAUUUAGCUAUUUUGAUUGAAAUGUUUUCGUGUGUUAUGCUGAGCUUCUCAGUACUGUAAUCUCUUGAGAAGCUGAUUCAAUAAUAUAAUUCCUCCUUU